CCUCCAUCUCCUCCAACGGAUUUGGAUUCUUUCUAUUUAAAAUGGAGAAAAUAAAAUGUAAAAAGAUAAUUAUGUUCUUACUUUAUAACUAAAUAGAAAGAAUCAUCUUCAUUUAAAAUAGAGAGGAUCAUGUUCUUCUUCCAACUCUCUCUCCCACCAACCACCACCCUUCGGAGCAUCGCCGACCACCUUCCAAAUGGAUGCAACGACCUUGAUCUGGACAAUUACUCAUGGACGCAGACACUACAAGAGGUCACUUUAAAUGUUCCCAUGCCUACUAGAACUAAAUCAAGGUUUGUUGUAUGUGAAAUAAAAAAGAACUAUCUCAGAGUAGGACUUAGGGGCCAGUCUCCAAUAAUUGAGAGUUACUCUAGAAUUCUGCAAUCAUACCAGAAGCUCGACAAGUGAUCAAGAAAGAAGAAUUUGAUAUUGCUCGAGGUUAAAAUACUUACAAGCGAUUAUGAAGAUCUGCAGUUAUAUGGUCUCAAAACACAUAGGAAAACACCAACUCCUUUGUUCACUAUAGGUUUUUAGGCUUGGAGCUUGGUGUUGGGGGCUAAAGUUUUUUAGUUGAUUUCAUUUUGUCCAAGCUAUAAUUUGUGGUUGUAUUGCAUAUGGAUAAAUACUUUAAACUUGGUGUUGUAGUAUGUUGGUAGGUUUUACACUUGUUUGUAGUUAACGGUAGUGUUGGUUUGUUGUUAUUUUUUAGAUUAUGGUACACGUAAUUUCUGUUAGUGUU